AUGACUCUCAACCACCCAGUGUCUGGAGAUAGCUCCGCUCUGAGCCUAUCCUUCCUUCAACAGAAGGGGAUCCCAGUACCCUCUUCGCCACAAUCGGGCAAUAGACUGAACUGGAUCCUUCAUAGCUUAGCCCUUUGUAUCUCGCUCGGGCUCACAGUGAUCGCAUUGACUAUGAAGCCAAGCACCCUUCAAUGCACCCGACAGCUUUCUCCAUACUCGCCCCUCAUCCAAGAAGGGAUCGUCAAGUAUGAGUCUAAGAAUUUUGAGAACGAAUUCGACCAACCUUCGAUAUACCGGGGGCCCCCUAGUGAGGGUACCGAGGAAGCGUGGAAAGCGCUCUGGGAAACUCCUGCGAUUAGCGUACCGGAAGAGAAAUUAGCAGUGCUCAAUAAAUCCGAUCCACGAGGCCAAGGCUGGCUCCCUGUCCCCCCUGUCACGGGCCACGAGGGUGGGGGAGAGUUUGCUGCGUUGGUCGAAGUGUUCCACCAGUUACAUUGCAUAAAUACCCUUCGGUUGGAAGUUCACAAGGAGAGCUACUUUGCACACUUCGGAGAAUGGCCCGAUGGGAGUGGUCCUGGGAAUGAGAUCGUGAAAGGAACCCAUUUAGAUCACUGCAUUGAGCUCCUACGCAUUACCCUGAUGUGUGUCUCCGAUGUGACGCCUUUGAUGUUUAUCGACGACCCCCAGGCCUUUCAAGGAGGAACGCCCGAUUUCAACACGAUGCACACCUGUCGGAACUUCUGGGGUAUCCGAAAGAUGGUUGAGGAGAUUGGGCUGCCACCGUUGCCCUAA